AUGGCAACAGAACAAUGCAAGACCACAGUCAUUGUCGUCGGGAGCGGCCUCACCGGUCUCACUCUUGCGCUGAUGUUGCAAGAUCUCGGCGUCGAUUACCUCCUGCUCGAGGCCCACGGUAGCUGUACUCCCAAUGUGGGAGCCAGCCUUGCUAUCCAGCCUCAAGGGCUCCGUAUUUUCCACCAGCUGGGAAUUCUUGAAGACGUCGAGGCUAUCUACCAACCCGUUGGCCAAAUGUUAAGUGGGGACGCAGAGACAGGUAAAUUGCAUAUCAUUGAGACGACAGCAAUUUUGAAAGAGCGGCACGGCUAUGAGAUCGGAUUCUUUAACCGUUACGAUUUGCUUUGCGUACUGCACAAGCAUAUCCGCGAGAAAGAGCGGCUUCUCGUCAAUCAGCAAAUUACUCAUGUUGAUGGCUUAGAGGACAAAGCGAUCGUACACACUUCGGCAGGACAUUUCUUCGAGGCACAGGUGGUCAUCGGCGCCGAUGGCGUGCGGUCCACAGUCCGUAAGGAGAUGUGGAGGAAUGCCGAGGUGGCAGGUGCUGUUCCUGAGGAGGACAAGAAAGAAUUUAUCUGUGAUUGGGCGACGUGCUUUGGUGUAUCCGAGUACGGAGCUUCAUUGCCCCGCGGUCAAGUUGGCAGCGUCUCAGGUGACGGGUUCAAUGCAGCAUGGCUGCUCGGCAAAGAUGGCCGUUGUUUCACCUUCUGGUUCUUCAAGCUCUCCAGAAAAGCCCGCAAGGUCACCUACAACACCAUACCCCGGUUCACUGAAGAAGAUUACGAGAGAGAGAUUACUCGUGGCAAAAGCCUUCUCGCUGAAGUACCAAGGAACAAUGGCCUGCAUAUAGACUUCGACCAGCUAUACAGCCAGGUACACCCGGCCCAUUCCGGUAUCACGGCUUUACCCCAUUUUGUGUUGAAGAAGUGGCACUAUGGCCGCAUCGUGGUUGUUGGAGACUCCUCGCACAAGUUCAACCCGCUUCCCGGCCAUGGCGGUAUGAAUUGCUUAGUCUCAGCAGCUACACUUAUUAAUUGCCUGCAAGAAACUCUAGGCGACAAGCUCAAGACCUCGCAAGUCUGGGACGUGGCCAACCUGAAUGAGGCAUUCACGAAGUUAGCCGAAAAGCGAUUCGAGAAGGUGAAAUCGGCUGUUGAAGCGUCUGAGGAGGCUAUGAACAUGAUGGGAUGGAGCAACGGAUACAAGAAGCUCCUCUACAAAGGUCUCGUACCGAUCCUUCCAAAUUUUAUGCAGGCCAACAGCGCCACUACGGUGAUCCGAGGCGGCGAUGCGCUCCAGGGAUGGGAUCUUCCUACUGUCCCACACACGGUCAAGUACGACGACGAGGAGAAGCCAAUUGAGAAAGAGAAGUCCAUUGCUCUCUCACCAGCGACGCUGCUGUUGACUGCUACCGCGAUAGGCGUAGGGGGAAUUGUGGUGAUGAGGACUUUACAGAAGCAUCCUGAGUUGCUGGCAAACGGCCGGGUUAGCGGUUGCACGUUGCCUCGACCGUCCACGUAUGCGUUGAGCAAAGGCGGCGCCGAACACAUCUUCGACCUCGGGUUCAUCGUUUUCGAGAAACAGAAACUCGGGCCCGCCCAUGCAUCCAUUUCCACCAGCAUGGCCGGGCUGGCAUUGAUGUACCUGAAGCAAGGCCGACGGGAGGAGCUGGCCACGCCGGACAGAAAUGUAUGCAUCACAGAGAAGACCGUCAUAAUUUCGAGAAGCUUCGCUUCGCUUCGGGUGCUUGACGAAAAUUAUUGGUUGUCCUUGUAG